GGGCCCCGCUGCUGCUUUGACCCCCGGCGGCCCCCACCCUCCUCGGGCGGCUCUGAACAUGGGGGACCCUGCGCCGCCGCCGCCUCCGCCUCCUCCUCCGCGUGGCUUGCUCGGGUUUCCGCACAAGGAUGCACCGUGAUGACACCCACAAAGCGAGGCCAGGCUCUCCGGCAGCGACAGCAGCAGCACCUUCUCCAGUGGCAGCGGAAAGUUCAGCAGUAAUGGAAACUGGGGGCGAUGCCAGGACAGCACCUCGGUGGGGGGGAGGUGCUGGGACUGGCCGCGGUGGUGGGAGCAGCCGGGGUCCAGCUGCCGGAACUGCAGAACCCGCCAGGGUCCCGCCGGCGGCGGCGGCGGCAGCAUCAUUUGCUCCUGUGGGUGGGAAGGGUUUGAAUAUUGAUGGACCCGGGAGAGGCGGCGGCGGCAGUGCCACCAGCAGCGUGGCUGGCUCGGACCCCGCUGCAAUGCCGAGAGGAGGCAGAGCCGGGCCCUCCGCCCUGUUCCCCCGUGUGCCUUACGCCAAGGACCCCAAAAUGGUCCACCAGCGCUUCCUGCGGAGGAGCGUGGUGGAGUCCGACCAGGAGGAGGCCCCCUUCGAGCCCGCAGAACCGGAGCCUGCACAGCAGAAAAAGAUCAUCCUCAUCUCCAAAACUCGGCGGAUAAUUGCAGAGAGAGCAAAAGCAGGACAGAGACCGGUGGUGCAAGAGACGCGGCUCAGGAAGGAAGAGCCUGCUGUUGCCGCCGCCGCAGUCGCUGCCGCCCCUGUCCCCGUCGCCCCCUCUGCUACGGCCGAGGCCAAAGCUGGCGUGGCCGCUGAGAGUCCCUUGGCGGCUGGUGGGGACGCCAAGGAAGAAGGCGGCGGCGGCGGCGGCGGCGGAGGUGACUCCAACGAGGAAGGCAAAGAGGAUGCAGAGAAAAAAGAGGCGCCCGAUUCUUCCAAAGAUCAGAGCAAGUCCAAGAAAGAGGAGGCCGAGGAAGAGGAGGAGGAGGCCGACAUGAAAGCUGUGGCCACCUCCCCCGAUGGCAGGUUUCUGAAGUUCGAUAUUGAGCUGGGAAGAGGGUCGUUCAAAACAGUCUACAAGGGGCUGGACACGGAAACCUGGGUCGAAGUGGCUUGGUGCGAACUUCAGGACCGAAAGCUAACAAAAAUGGAAAGACAGAGGUUUAAAGAGGAAGCAGAGAUGUUGAAAGGACUUCAACACCCGAACAUUGUUAGAUUUUAUGACUUUUGGGAAUCGUGUUUGAAAGGAAAGAAGUGUAUUGUGUUGGUUACAGAACUGAUGACCUCUGGAACCCUGAAAACGUAUCUAAAGAGAUUUAAAGUGAUGAAACCCAAAGUCCUUCGUAGCUGGUGUCGGCAAAUCCUGAAGGGUCUCCAUUUUCUGCACACCAGAACUCCACCAAUUAUUCACAGAGACUUAAAAUGUGACAAUAUUUUUAUAACUGGACCAACUGGAUCUGUGAAGAUAGGAGACUUAGGUCUGGCAACUCUCAAGAGAGCUUCCUUUGCCAAAAGUGUGAUAGGAACUCCAGAAUUUAUGGCUCCAGAAAUGUAUGAAGAGCACUAUGAUGAAUCCGUGGAUGUAUAUGCUUUUGGAAUGUGUAUGUUGGAAAUGGCUACCUCAGAAUAUCCAUAUUCAGAAUGCCAGAAUGCUGCUCAGAUUUACAGGAAAGUUACCUGUGGUGUCAAACCAGCAAGUUUUGAUAAGGUUACUGACCCUGAAAUUAAGGAGAUAAUUGGAGAGUGCAUUUGCAAAAAUAAAGAAGAAAGAUAUGAAAUCAAAGAUUUAUUAAGCCAUGCCUUUUUUGCUGAAGAUACUGGGGUAAGAGUGGAACUUGCAGAAGAAGAUGAUGGUAGGAAAUCCUCUAUUGCCUUAAGACUCUGGGUAGAAGAUCCUAAGAAACUGAAAGGAAAACCCAAAGAUAAUGGAGCCAUUGAAUUUACUUUUGAUCUGGAGAAGGAAACUCCUGAUGAUGUUGCACAAGAAAUGGUUGAUGCUGGAUUUUUUCAUGAAAGUGACGUCAAAAUAGUUGCAAAGUCAAUACGUGACAGAGUAGCAUUAAUACAGUGGAGGAGAGAGAGGAUUUGGCCCAUGUUGCAGUCAGAGGAUAAUCGGGAUCCUGAGAGUCUGGAGAAAUCGAAGGCCCCACAAGCACAACCAGUUCAGGUUACAUACCUUUCUCACACUGGUCACCACAUCCUAUCAGAAUCAGAGGAGCCUGAAGCUGACCAGCAUCUUUCUCAACAAAAUCUACCCACAAGUGUUACAUCACUUGCAUCUGACAGCACAUUUGACAGUGGACAGGGAUCAACUGUUUAUUCAGACUCUCAAAGCAGCCAGCAAAGUGUUAUCUACUCAACUGUGCCCGAUGCAAUGCCCCCUGCUAUUCAGCGGGUGUAUAGCCCACCUCUCAGUGAAAGCCAGACUUUGCCCCAAAGUCUUCAGCAGUUGGGACCCUACCAGCAGCCUUCAGGACCUGGACUUCCGAUAGUUCAGCCUCCACCUGCUGUUGUUCCCCCACGACCACAACACUAUCAAGAACCAGCGAUCCCAUUCCCGGUUGUCCAUGCCACCUCAGCUGCUCCCGUGCAAAUGAGACAACCUCAGCCUGUAUUAUCCAGCCAGCCGCAGCAACCCAUCCCAUCUCCAUCUCCUCUACAACAAGUUCUUGCCGGCCAGCCUGUUUGCCCUGCACAGCAGCCCACACCACAACUCUUACCCCAGUACCAAACUCCAACUUCUCAGGUGGCAGCUAUCAGCACUCCACUGGCACCUUUGCAGAUCCCUCCUGUGCAGCCACUUCCGACAGCCCCUCCUGCCCAGAUUCCUCAGUUUCCUGUCAUUCCUGCUGUUACUCCUCUGGCAGGACUUGACAGCCAUCCUCCAAACCUGUCUGAUAUACCUGCUGCAAAUGUGCCCCCUAUUCCUGCUCCUUCUCAGUUUUUCCCUCCAGCUGUGAUUUUACCAAGCCUCCCUGUGAACCCUGCUCUGCCACUGACAUCAAAUUCCCCUGCCCUACCCAUGCAAACGGUCAACCUUCCUCAUACUACUGUGGCUCCCUUGGUCUUGCCCUGCCAAACAAUCGUGCCAAAUAUGCCGGCUGCUCCAAUACCAUUACUUGCGGUGGCUCCAUCGGGAGUGCCAGCAUUGCCAACACAUCCUGCGGUAGCCCAGCUCUCCCAGCAGCAAAUGUACCAGGCUACCCUCCAGCAGAUAAUUCAAAACGAAGUUCUCUCUUCUCCCCAUCACACUCAGAACAUGCAAGCAGUUUCACAACAGCAGCAGCAGCAGCAGCUGCCUCCACUUCCUCAGUCACUUCAGCCAAGCAUAAUUCAUCCUUCAGAACAGACUAUGUCUGCAUCUGGGGCUGGUAAUCAGAUCAUUGGACAUCAUUCUUAUGCGGUGGAUGUUGGGACACAGAUCCCUGCCUUGCCUGUACAACCUUCUGCAGUCAUGUCACCACCCCUGCAGUUGCAGCCUGAAGCAUUGCCUCCUCCCAUUGGUCCAGAAGGCCUGUCACAAAAUAUCCUCGCUACAGUUAGUGCAACAAUGACUAUAGAUCACAGUCUGCCUCUCCAGUCUACUGGCUAUCUGCAAACUCAACCAGAUAAUCACCAGCCUCUGGGCCAACUAGUUCAAACCUCAUGCCCAGCUAUUCCACUGGCUACAGAAUCUUCUCAAGAGGAACAUGCAGCGCUGGAGAAGCAGCCGUCACUAUCACAGAGCUGUGAAAGCUAUAUGAGUACUGAUGUUGCUUCUGGUAAAGAAAUGAGCGACAGCUUUGAAGGAACAAGUGGAAGUGGAAAACAAGAAGGAAAAUCUUCGAAGAAACAUAAAAAAUCAACACGUGCUCGUUCUCGUCAGGAAAAAUCCAACAGGCCCAAACUGACAAUUCUAAAUGUAUGUAACACCGGGGAUAAGAUGGUGGAAUGUCAGCUGGAAACACAUAAUCACAAAAUGGUUACAUUUAAGUUUGAUUUAGAUGGUGAUGCUCCAGAAGAAAUUGCUACUUACAUGGUAGAAAAUGAAUUUAUAUUGCCUACUGAGAAAGAGAUAUUUAUUGAACAACUGAAGGAAAUUAUUGAUAAAGCAGAAGAUAUGCUUAGUGAAGAUACAGAAGGGGAACGAAGUUCUGAUCAGGGUGCAAGCCCUCAGCAAGAUACUUACCAGAUGGAUAUGAAUGAGGAGCAUCGCCACUCCCAGGCAAGAAUGCCAGUAUACCAACAGAAUGUUUUGCAUACAGGGAAACGCUGGUUUAUCAUUUGUCCUGUUGUGGAAAAUCCAGUUGCCGAAACCCCAGACCUCUCUUCCUCUGUUCCUCAAAGUACAAAACAGCCUGAACCUGCAGAUCCAGAGCAGUCAGAUGACCAGCAGCAGAGCUCUACAGAGACAGACAGACAAACAAGCAUCACUUAUCGACAGCUUUCUAGUCAAAGGAGCAUCUAUGAAAGCCCCAGAGGAACACCUCCUCCUUCUCCUCUGACACAAGUCUCUGCUCCGCUGACUUCGACCUCCUUUUCACAGGUCCAGCUAGAAACAUCUACUGCGAUACCGCCAAUAGCUGCAGCAGCAGUUCCACAAGCUGUAGAACAGGCUGCUGAAAGUAUAGGUCAAGUAGAAGGUCCUCCAUUACAGCCUGUGGCGCCCAGCCAGCCUGUUAUACCCAGUCAGUCUAACACUCCUGCUCCCAGUACAACUUCACUGGAAGAGCAUUUUGAAACUCAGCUCCCUAUAAAUCCCCCAACACAGCUGCAGCAGCAAAUAGAUGAAAAUGCUUGCAUGCCCAAUUCAGAGACUGAACAGCAAACUGGUGGGUUGCCAAAGCUGAUUCAGCCUAUUCCUGCACAGACAGCAGAAGCUUGCUCCCUGCCUGUGGUUUCUGAUGCUCCUAUUUUGGAACACCAGCCUUCAACACAAAUCCCCAGUUUGCCAGACAACAGUCAGCCUAAUCAGAUGCAGCAUUCUUUUGUAGGCCAGACAAUUCCUGUGACUGCUGUCCCUGAUCCUCUGACUCCUGCACCACCACCACAGCUUUCAAGUCCUCCUCCCAUGUCAGUGGCUACAUCCCAGAUGUCUGUAGGGCCACCCACCCAGUUCCAGACUGCACCGUCCACAGGCCUUGCCGUUAGUGCACCUCAGCCUCCUUGUGCAGUAGAGUCAGAUGGAGAAGGACCCCCCAGGCUUGAUUUUACAGACAACACGAUUAAAAGCUUGGAUGAGAAACUGCGCAAUCUGCUCUACCAAGAGUAUGUUCCAACAUCAUCUGCAUCUGCAGCAACUCCUGAUCAGGGGGAUGGUGAAUUCAACUUGGCAUCUCUGCCCACGCUCGUGCUGGAUUUGAAAGUCCCUGGAACUGGUAUGGAUGUUCAAGUGGCUGAGGAGCAUCCUGCAUCCAGCACAAUAUCUCCUGUUCCGGUGGAGACGUCAGAUGUUACUUCUGCCAGCAUCCAGCCUUCAGAAAUAAGCCAUGGGUCAACAAGCAGAGCAGGUCAAGCUACAACCAUUACUUCAGCUUCUGUUGCCAUACCGUCAGGAUUCCCACAGGAUGCACUUUCAUCAUCAAAUGUAGUUGAUCAGAAAGACGCUUCUAAAAGAAGUGAAAGAGAAAACGUUACACCACCACAUGAAAAGAAAAGUAAAUCUCAAAAAAGUGACUCUGUUGACUCAAGUGUUAGCACGAAACAAGCUGAAAUAGAUAACAGCACACCAGCAAAAACGAUUGGAAGGUUUUCUGUGGUCAGCACACAGGAUGAGUUGUCUUUACCUCCUGUGCAGUCCUUGAGGUACUCUGCACCACCAGAUGUCUACCUGGACGAUCAGCCUUCUAGCCCUGAAACAAAAACAUCAAUGCGGCGUGUGCAGACAGCAUCCUCUAUUGAUGUCCUUUGUGGUCAUGAUUCCAGUGACACUGGAGAUGACUCUCUCCAAAGAAAGCCAGCUGCUGCCCCCUUGUUACCUCUGAGUGGUAGUGCAGGAAAUGACCACAAUAAGAAAAACUCAUGUUUUCUUCAAAAGAGUGGAAAAUCAAGUUCCCAAGAUCUCGAUUCCGCCAAUGGCCAUGGAUCUAAAAUCCCAACUAUUAACGUAUCAUCUUUCCACUCACACUCAUCAUAUGUGAGCAGUGACAAUGAUUCGGAGUUUGAAGAUGCAGACAUGAAAAAAGAACUGCAGAAUUUGAGAGAAAAACAUAUGAGAGAAAUAGCUGACCUUCAGAGUCAGCAGAAGAAAGAAAUAGAAGCAUUGUACUUUCGACUGGGGAAACCUUUACCUCCAAAUGUUGGGUUUCUUCAUUCUGCCCCACCAAGUGGACGUCGAAGGAGAACCAGCAAGAACAAAUUAAAAACUGGGAAAUUAGUAAACCCUAUCGUUCAGCAGCUCAAAACAACAACAACCAAUACAAGCAAUGUAUCAGACUGCAAAGACACUCUUGCUAAAGAAAAUGUCAAAGCUAAGACUGGUUUUACUGAAGCUACAGCACUGACUUCAUCCACAUCAGCCAUACUUGGAAAGUCAGUUCAGACACAACAGCCAUGCUCUGUCAAGGCUUCCUUGUCCUCUGACAUCUGUUCUGGAUUAGCUACAGAAGGAGGUGAUGCCCAUGGAAAUUCUGGCCAAGGCUGGACGGUUUUCCACCAAACGUCUGAGAGAGUGACCUAUAAAUCUAGUAGCAAACCUCGUACCAGAUUCCUCAGUGGACCUGUGUCUUUGUCCAUCUGGUCCACCUUGAAACGACUAUGUCUAGGCAAAGAUCACAGUAGUAGAUCCUCAACAAACAGUCUUGUAGCAUAUCCGGACCCUCUUCCACAAACAACACUACAGGUUCAAGUACAAGCCAACAACAGUAACAAUAAGAAAGGAACUUUCACAGACGAUCUCCACAAACUGGUGGAUCAAUGGACAAGCAAAACUGUGGGAGCUGUACAGGCAAAACCAUCUUUAAACCAACUUAAGCAGAACCAAAAACGGCAAGACAUGGAGCCAAAGGCUAAUCCCGCGCAGACACAGAAUGAGACAAGUGGAGUUAAUUCAGUAAGAACAGGAAUGGGGAGACAGUGCAUUGUUCCAGUUUCUUGCCCAAUACCAGCAGCAUUAACUCCUGGAGUUUCACCAUCUAUGCCAGUGCCUGUGACAGGUACUAUACUUUCCGGCCCAGUAAAACCUUUUGCGAUGCCUCUUGGUCAGUACGGAGGAGUUUUCCCUACGCCCAUUUUUGGUGUGCAGUGGUCGGGCCUGGCAGCACAAUCUGGACUUGCAAGUGGUCAGAGCUUUGGAGAGUUUCCCGGUCUGGGCAAAAAUAGCUUCCAACUCUUUCCCGGGCCACUGCAGCAACCCGUUCUCAGCCGACCAGGCACCAAACUGAGAAUAACCUAGCUUUGUACCGCCUCUCCAUAGCUGAUGAUGGUUUCCAACUGUAAACGCAGAGCGUUCAAGCCCAUAUGCAGGACGCGCUUACUGCUGGCGCUCAGUUCAGACCUUGCUAGUGCAACCCAGCCAUACACUGCAUCAGGCAAUCACUGUGAAAUGUUUUCACACCAAUUCGUUUGUCAUUAUGGCAAUAUUUGCUUUUCCUUCAUUGCUGAAGAGUCUUUAUUUUGUGUUUUGGUGAACCUUCGAUAUUGAAAUGUACUUGAAUUGAUGGUUCAGACAACUGUAUUAAUCCUGCAGGGGUAUAGUGCCUUGAAUUCAAGCUUUUCAGGUCUUGCUGGAAAGAUGUAAAAUAAUAAUAAUAGUCAAAAUGUGUAUUUUAUUUACAAUUUGCUUGUGUGACUUAAAGUUUUUGUUUAUUUGCAAUAAAUAUGAUAUUGAAGGUUUACACUUGAAACUCCUGAUGAGAUUCGUUUCAUUUUCUCCUGUAAAUGCUUUUAUUUUAAGUGGUGAUUGAAUGAUGACCUUUGGGUAGUGUGGGCGGCAUAUAAAUUAAAUAAAUAAAUAAAUAAAAUGGGUGGUUUAAGUGUUUUCAGGGUGAGUUAUUUAGCCACAUUAAUUGAAAUCCUCUUUUGAGUGAAAGAAGAGAAAUACAGUUAUUACCACUGUUUUACAAUAAGAGCAUUUACAAGAGUUUGAAAGAAAGUUGUAUAUAAUAUGCAGGUAAUAGCUUUGGGCAGUGCAGCUCAAGUUGUUAUGCAGUUUUUCCAGAAUAGCUGGUACAAAUAACAACUUCUCUUUUCCUUUGACAAAGCAAAUUUGGCAACCAGAUUUUUUCUCUCUCUCUCUCUCAUUCUCUCUCAUUUAGCUGCAACAGUUCUCCAUUCUGUACCAAUCUGUUAAUUUACUGUAGCUAAAUGAAAAGUCCAUGCAUGUUUCAUAUGUGAAAUAAGCCUAAUCAAAAUCUUAAUUAUAGGAGAUCCCCUACCCAAAGUUGCUAAGAGAACUAUGUAAGUACUGAACUUCAUGUGCAUGUCACCUGUUUUUAUUCCAUCUGUGGUCUCAGUUCAGAGCAACACUUGUUCUUGGUGUGCUAGAAGUGUUCUCCCUGAAAUUGAAUUAAAUGUGAAACUUUCUUGUUCCCUUAAAAAAAUUAUAACAAUAAUGUUUGAACUCAGCUUCCACUGCAGAUGGAAUUGGCUUAUAUUCCCCACUACCCCUCUGUUUCAUUCACUUUAUAGUAUGUAGAAUCUGCAUCAUCAUGAUUAAGAAAAAACAACAGCAACAACAACAAAAGUUGAUUUGAGAGACAUACAUUUCUGUUUUCUUGUGGAAGUGGCGUUGGGAAAACUACAAAGACAAGCCUAGUGACAUGCAUCAGCAACCCAUGAUCAUGGUCAAGCUGAAGGCAACAUCUACCACCACCACCUUAUUUACAAUGGCAGUAUUUUUCACCUACCUACUGAAUGGGUAGAGCUGUCUUGGGCUGCCAAUCUGUGAAUUGUAGGGUUCAAUUGUACUUUGAAGAUUAAGAAGAGUCUCCAGUAUUUUGUUGGUACCAUUGAAUUUGCAGUACUCCAUCAAUUUGAUCAAGAUUGAAUUUUGUAGACCAUUAUGCAGUCUUCUGCCUGGGCAAACUGUAACUGUAGUAAGCAAAUUCUGUUCUCUGUACCAUCUAUCUUUCAUUUGUUUGAGGUGUUUUUUUUUCAAUUCAUGUCUGUAUGCUUUACGAGCAAAACAUGGAACAUCUGUUCUCAUCAUUUCCCUCUCUGCUUGCACUGAAGCCUCUGGUUUGUUGCUAUUGCCUGUCGUAUAGCCCCGCCCCUUGUAUACUAACAGUGAGUGACACUAACACUCACUCCUAAGAAAUUGUAUAUACUGAAGAAAA